CAUGAGCGAGUGAGACUGAAGGACAGAGCAGGUCGAGCCUGUCCGGGAAGGACGGCACUGGGAGGGACGAAAGGAGAAAGGGGGCCGGGAACUGGAGCCAGUGAGAGCGCCGCCGCGGCCGCCAGAACCCUCCGCCCGCCUGGGUAGGGUGUGUCCUGGAUCGCCUCAGGCGUCCGCAGACGGAAUGUGCGGAAUGGAACAGGUGGCUGACUGGAGCCGACCUUCUCUUGCAGUUGAGCGUAGACAGCCCAGGCGCCACAAAAAGCAGAGGGCCGUCCUGAAGAAGGAGAAACGGAAGAAAAGGCGACAAGAACUCGCGCGAUUAAGAGAUGCAGAUGAGAGCACUGAGAAAGUUCAGAGACUGUGGCCUCAAGUACUAAUCAGGAGCCUUGAGAAUUAUGGCCACAGAAUUUUCAUGUGGAUUGGAAUUCCGAGGCAUUUCACAGGAAGAGAAGGAAGAAGAUUCUUUUAUUGAGGAAGAAGAAGAAGAAAAGCUGUUGGAGAAAGAGAGGCAAAAAUUGCAUGAGCAGUGGUUGCUGCGGGAACAAAAGGCACAAGAAGAAUUCAGAAUAAAAAAGGAAAAGGAAGAGGCAGCUAGAAAACAGCGGGAAGAACAAGAGAGAAAAUUGAAGGAAAAAUGGGAAGAACAGCAGAGAAAAGAGAAAGAGGAAGAGGAACAGAAACUUCAGGAGAAGAGAGAAAGAGAGGAAGCCAUGCAGAAGAUGCUGAAUCAGGCUGGAAAUGAGUUGGACAGUAUUGUCACCUGGCAGAACCCAGAGCCACCCACGGAUUUAAGAAUAGCGGAGAAAGAUCGAGCCAGUUGUCCAUUCUACACUAAAACAGGAGCAUGCAGAUUUGGAGAUCGGUGUUCACGUAAACAUAACUUCCCCACAUCAAGUCCCACCCUUCUUAUUAAAAGUAUGUUUACAACGUUUGGAAUGGAGCAGUGCAGGAGAGAUGACUAUGACACUGAUGCAAGCCUGGAGUACAGCGAAGAGGAAAUCUACCAGCAGUUCCUAGACUUCUAUGAUGAUGUGUUGCCUGAGUUUAGGAACGUGGGGAAAGUGAUUCAGUUCAAGGUUAGCUGCAACAUGGAACCUCAUCUGAGAGGCAAUGUAUAUGUUCAGUAUCAGACGGAAGAAGAAUGCCAAUCAGCACUUGCUUUGUUUAAUGGACGAUGGUAUGCAGGACGACAGCUUCAGUGUGAAUUCUGCCCAGUCACCCGGUGGAAAAUGGCCAUUUGUGGUUUAUUUGAGAUCCAACAAUGUCCAAGAGGCAAACACUGCAACUUCCUUCAUGUGUUCAGAAAUCCCAACAAUGAAUUUUGGGAAGCCAACAGGGACCUGCUGUGUGCAGAUCAGACUGGCUCUUCCUGUGGUAAGAACUUGGAAAGGCGAGAGAAGGCGGGCCACCACGAGGACUACUACAGCAGGUCGAGGAGGCGGAGAAGCCCCAGCGCCGACAGCGCCUACAAGAGGAAUGGGGACUCCACCUCCAGAAAGAGAGGCGCCCACCGGGGGAAAAAGGCUCACAAACACUCGGCCAAGAGCCGCGCGAGGCACAGCUCCCGAAGCCGGGGAAGGAAGAGGGACAGUAGCCGCAGCCCAAGCAGCCAGAGCCACAACCGCCACCGGAGCCACAGCCGCCACCGGAGCCACAAUCGCCCCAACUGUAAACACCGCCCGAGCCGGAGCCGGAGCCGGAGCCGGAGCCAGAGUCGCAGGAACCGUCAGAGCCGCAGCCGCAGCCGGAGAAGCCGAAGCCAGAGCUCAUCAUGCAGGGAUUAGGGUGGGGAGAUCAAGGAGUGGAGAUAACACCAUCCAGUCCCCAAUCCAAAUAAAACUUUUAUU